AUGAGCGCAAAAGAAGCCGAGGACGACUACUGUUCCUCGGAAGACGAAGAUUAUGUGCCAAAGGACGACGGCGAGGACGUAGAGGAGCCGUCCGGCGAUGAGGUUCUUUUUUUUGAAUCUUUUUAAACUAAUAAUUAUUCAGAUGGAUGAGGUUUCAUCAGCUGACGGCCGAGUUCUGAACAGUAAACGAAGGAAUACUAAAGUGAAGUAAGAGAGAUUUCUUUCACUCUAAACUCAUUGGAUGAUUAGGUCUAUAGAGGAACAUACGCCUACGAACACUGCAGAAGUCGACGAUUUAUUAGCCGAACUGAUUGGCGAUGAUACUCUACUGCAGAAAGCAAAAGAGCGCGACAAUGUUGCGAGGGAUACUGACAGGUUUUUUUUUAAUAUAAAAGAGAUCUUUUUAUUUUUCGAGUCUCAUUUAUAGUUUAAUUUGUAGUUAACGUCAUGUUGAGUUUCUUCUUUUCAAUUUUUUCAUGCAAUUUCAUUCUUCCUGCUACUUAGCUCCAUGUUUUGAGGGCACAAUCAUCUAUCGAAUCGUCCUCAUCCGUGUCUCUUCCUGAAGAUUCGACUAUUGUAAAAAAGGUCGUACGCGAAACUUUCGACUUUGCCGGCGACGAAAUAACGUUUUCACGAUUUCUCCAAUUCAAUUUUUCUUGUUUUUUUUGCAGGGUGGAACGAGAAGUUUCCGUGGAUGAGUAUGUAAAAAUAGAAACAGAACAAAGCAAACCAGCUCCGAAAUCGACUUUUAAAAAGUUUUAUUCCAUUUUUUUAAAAAUCAAACCAGAUCUUUUUCUUCUUUCAGACGAACAGGACUGGGAGAAGCUCUCACUUUAAUUGCAAAAAAACCGAAAAUGUCGGUUCUAGACAAAUCUACGCACGACUGGAGCUCCUUCAAGUCCGAUAACAAUUUGAAGGUUUUUUUUUUCGUUCUUUUUUUAAAAUAUCAUCUUGAAUAUUACUGAUUUUUUUUUGUAUUUAUUCGAGCUUUCUGAGUUAUGAAAAAGGCAGAUAUUAGAGUUGGCUUCAACUAGAUUUGGAAAAAGAAGAUAUUCUAUGUAACUAUGAAUUUAACCUAUUUUCCUUGUAGGUCUCUUUUGUGAACAAGCUAUACUGUUUUUUUUUAAAUGACGUCAGUGAUUUUAGGAAGACCUCGAGACGUACAAUCGCGGCAAGAACGGGUACUUGAAUCGGAUGGACUUUUUGUCCCGAACAGACCAUCGACAAUUUGAAAAUGAAAAGUCCAUGCGGUUAGCGUCUCGCAAAAACUGAUUCAUAUUUUUCCCUCCUCCUCACAGUUUCAAUCCUGCAUAUCUCUUUUAAACUUUUUCAUAGGAUUUCCAAUUCCGACGCGUAUCUUCCAUGUUUCUCACCAUUUUUUUUCAUUUUGUUUCAUAUUUCCAAAUUGUUUCACCAUUAGGAAAUAAAUCUGGUUUCUUAAAAUUUUUCUGAGCCAAAAUAAUAGUAGAACUGCUAUAAAUAUCUCAAGAUAGCUUUGGAUUCCUCCUCUUAUUCUUGGUUUUAUUGAUGCUUCGAAAACAAGCAUCUUUUUCUUCUGACGAAGGCGGUAAGCAAAAAUCGGCCUAUAACUUCCGAGAUCCAGAUGGCGAUGAGGAAGGUUGUGAGUUUAUUUCCCGACCAGAGAAGGGAAAAAAGGCUUGUUUUAUUCAGAUUUCGACCAAAGAGCCAGACAUCUCUAUCGGAGAUUGGCCGACAGAAAUCCUCAGUUGGCAAAUGCGAAAGGCAUCCGUUACCUAUUUGAUGCUGUCGAUGAGAAUGAGUUCAUGACAGAAGAAGGUUAUCGAGAACCAAAAAUCUUCUUUUGAACUGAUUUUUUGAGAAAUGCUGAAGAAGAUCUUCGAACAGUCAGAACUCGCCGACAACGUCCUCGGCAAACUCGACACCGCCGACGUAGGUCGUCGAGUCGAGAGUGAAGUCCAACAAAAUCUAGGAGCCCGAAGACGAGGACGCCUUUGUGGAGCACUUCAGAGAGAACAUCGACAAAGAGAAAGAAAGCGAUUCGGAGAGCCUGGAAGCCCCCAAGAAGAAACGCCGCACCGCCAAAGUGGUCAGGAGUUGUUCCGAUUUGGAUUUUUCAAAAAAAGACUGUUUAGUUCGACUCUUAAAAUUAGCAUUUGUUGCUGCCUUCUGUUCAGAAAGAGAAAAAGUUUACAGUUGAGAAGAAUCGACUCCCUGGUGGACACCAUUCUGGAGAAGAUCAACGAGCAGUGGUUGACGGUCGCUUAUGCCAUAUUUCCGUUCCAUCAAGUUCAGACGCUCGUUCUAAUUUGUCUAGUUCAGUUCAUUACGUAAGAGAGGACCUUGAGAUAUUCAUAAUCUUUUUUUUUUUUGUGAAGCAUUCCGAGUCUGAUCCAAAUGGUACCUAUCAUUGUUGCAUACGGAUCUUUCAUUUUCAUGGUCAUCUUCACCUUGAAAAUGUUCCACAACCAGAGGUUGGAUCGACCUUUCAUGGCUCAUCAUGAUUGAUUUUCAGCCUCAAGCGACAAAAGUUCAAAUGGCGGCGCGUUCUCGACAUCUUUCGCGAUGAAAGAACGAAUGUUUCUUCAGUUAGUUACAGUAAUAUGAGCAACACAAGAAACCAUGGGUUAGAAUAAAGCUGUGCGCUGAACCUACUAUCGCGAACUUUUUCAUCUCAUUUCAUAAUUAUCAUCACAUUUUUCCUAAAUUACACAUUUUCAAUCCCCCAUCUACACACUCUGUGAGGAUUUCGAGACAAAAAGGUUUAAAAAGUGGCAAAUUUUGGACCGCAGUGCAAUACUGUGGCCGGCCAAGCGCACAGCUCUGGCGUAGGCGUAAAAGUUAAAAUUCUUUUAAUCAAAUGUAACUGUUAGUUAGUUCGCCGCUUCUCCAUCAUGUAUUUCACAUGACCUUUUUAGGAAACCCGUUUCCGGACGGAGAACAAUUGGGAGCCGUACGUCAACUUUUUCUUCGCAGUCUCCGUUUUCGUGCUCGCCGGUAAGGGUCGAAGGUGUUUUGGGCUACAAGAAAGUUGCUUCAGUUGGAGCGAGUGGUCGUUUUCUGCCACAAACUGGCCUCCUGUGCGCUGUUUCUGUUCUCUUCACCGUCACUACCUUCGUCAACCUUUCCGACUCUUCAGACUUCUAUGCGCUCAUCGCCGUCUUUGCGAAUUUGUUCUCUUGGUUCGUACUUAGAACUGAUCUUAGGAACUUCAAAGCGGUCCUUAUAGAGGUCCUUGGAGAGUCCCCUCUAGGGACCUUUUUACUAACCCCUAUAGGGUCUACUGAAGCUUGCAAAACUGGUCCCUAUAGGAGACAUGCUAGUCGAUCAUUUUUAUGAACUCUAUGCAUUUCCAUGCGAAAAAAUGAAAAAAAAACCUUUUUGAAUGAAAUUGAACGACCCUAUAGGGACCACUCAAGCUUUAGGGGCUGAGGGGUCAGACCCUGAACUUCUAUAACGAUCACCUUGAUUUUACCCUUAUGGGGACCACUUUUUCGGUCCCUAUAGAAGCUGUUUUUCCCCCCUAACCCCUAUAGGGACCACUCUGAAAUCCUCAAGUUCAUAUUCAAAAGUCCAAAAUUAGUUUACCGCUGAUGCUGUCGCGACUUCACAUCCGCCUACCGAACAUCAUAUACUCACUGUUCUUCAAACCAUGGAUCCAACUUCGGCUGAGUUUAAUUCUCCCUUCCCUUCAAGUUUUGAUGUCUUCUCUCGACAGGCUACUUCACGUUGGCCAUCGGUUUCCCAUCGAUGUGCCUUCUGGCGAUCCCCAUCCUCUACCUGUUGAUCGCCCUCAAGUGCUCUUCGUUCAGAAUAGCCGCCCAUGCUGUAGUUCCUCACUUGGUCGCCCAACCAACAAUCUUCAAUUUACAUUCGUUUUUCAGAUUUGCAUCAUCUGGUCCGACAUCACUAUGACGAUCAUAACCUUCGGAUGGAACUCUUUCGGAGUGAGUCCAGCGGCGGUAAACAGCGCUUUGAAUAUCAGUUCCUAGUACAUUGACGUGGUCUUGACGGUGUGCGGCACAUUUUUCCUGUUUUUCCCCUCCGCAACGGCAGCCUCGGCUGUACUUGCAAUUCUUUUCGUGCAGUUCAAAAGCACAGUCGAUAUGGUAUCAGCAGCCUCAUUUUGAUAGGGAAACAGGAAGUUCAGGUGAACGUCUUGAAGACCAUGUUCACUUUAUUGCUUCUCUGCUCGCCGUUCGUCUUCGCUAAGCUCUACACGCACUUUUCCAAAAUCUACAAAAUGAAUUGUUCGUCGACCGGUACCGUGUUCUGAAUUCGAUUCCCGAGUUUCAGUGUUAGCUGAUGUUUCACCGACCAAGAGAAAAUGGAUAUUGGUGACCGUCUACCUUGUCACCCUGCUGAUGGCCGUUUCAUUUCUCUACGAAGGCCAAAAAUCGUUUAGUCCGACGACUGACGUCACCAACUUGACUUGGUUUCAAGGGUCAAAUUAAAACAUGCUAUUGUUAUCUUUAUAAGGACACAAUUCGAUAAAAAAUGCAAGCUGAACGGAGCCAACGAUAUCGCGAAUCAAAUCAAGUGCAGCGAGUUGAAAGGUUCCUUUUUUACACACAUUUAUUCAGUUUUUAUGCCGUGUUCAAAGUAAUUUCCGCGAAAUGCAAAAUACCCGUUAGAGAAAGGAAAAGAUCACUAAAUUUUGGAGAGUCAGAGAUCAUUUUGCAUUUCGCGGAAAUUACUUUGAACACGGCAUUAGAGAAGAUUUCCUGAUGAAUCAUGGAAUAAUUGGAGAUUUUUUUGUCAGUUCGCGAAACUGUCGUUGAUCAUUGUCUUUCUUGUGACAGUAGUAGCCGAAUCUUAGGCGCUCCGAAGAUCAACAGCAUCUCCAUGUAGGAUGCAGUUGAUCGUCGGAAAAUAUAGACCGUGUCAAAAACACAGCUUUUCGAAGACGAUAUUGAAAAUUGUUAAAGAGAGAACUUCAGGCACUGCCAUCAACUGGGUUGGAACAGUUCAGUCAGUUCGUGUCGUUCACAUCGACAACUCCUUCGAAGCGCUUCUCGGCUACCUUCCUGACAGCAUCGACCAGUCAGUUCGAUGCUUCUACGACAGCAACAAAGGAUCGAAAGACAGCGAGAACACUCACAAGUCCGACAUCAAGUCAGUUGUUGGACGCAUUGUGAUCGCGAAGAUCAGCUGAGUUUCCAGAGGCAACGAGUGUUCUCUGAGCGAACACAACGUGUACACGUUGGAGCUUCAAGUCUCAGGACCCCAUGGGGAGCGGAUCGUGAGCAGCAGCAAAGGGCAACUCGAGCUCAUCGCCAGUCACGUUUUUCUCGACAUGCUGCGACUUGUCGACGAAAGUACGAGCUUCACUUGAUCUCACUAAUCUUUAUAAAAUUAAUCGAUCCAAACGAAAACUUAAAAAAAAGAGGAAUAGGUUAUUGGAAUCAGAUAUUAUAUCUGAUACAUGAAACUUAAUUGUAGUUAUAAUCUAAUUUUAUUCCAAAAACGGUAAACUCAACUCUCUCCACCUGCAUUGGUAUACGGGAUUUGGAUUUUUUUUUUCUCAGAACAGUAUAUCGAACUAUUGUAAUAUUGAGAUUGUGGAAAAAAAACCGAACUUUUUUCGGGUUAAGAAAGUCGUUGUGACUUUUUUUUUUUUGAUAUGUCACUAAUAUUUCGAGUUCAGACGAUGUUGUUCGAUUCGUCGCUUACUUUGAUCAGUAUCCCGUCUUCCGUUACCCGCCAAGGCUGAAGCUUGUCCAACUGGAAUGUGUGUUCUGUAAAAAUGUUAGUUACCUUCGACUAAAUUUUACGGAGAAAGUCAAAUGAGACGCAAUUUCAAUGGGGAACAUUCAGAUCCAAAAGGGGAAGAACAAUCAUCUUCGCUUGACUUCCGCUCAAAUGGGUCGAAAAGGCGUGUGGCACCGAAUCUUCGAAGCCUUCAAGUUCUGCUUCAAUUUCGCCUUUGCACCCCUCGUAAAAAUCUGA